GGCCUGUGGCUCGGGGUGGCUAUGAGAUCCUGCCCUGAAGAGAAGUACUGGGACUCCUUGCUGAACGGCUGCAUGUCCUGCAGGCCAAUCUGCGCCCAACGGAGACCGAGCACCUGCACAGCCUUCUGCAAGUCCCUCAGUUGCCUCAAGGAGCAAGGUAAAUAUUACGACCGUCUCCUGAAAGACUGCGUCAGCUGCACCCCCAUCUGCGGACAGCACCCAAAGCCAUGUGAAUACUUCUGUGAGAACAAACUCCGGAGUCGAGUGAACCUUCCACCCCAGCUCAGGAGGCCACAGAUGGGGGAGACGGAAACCAGGUCAGACAACUCAGGAAGGUACCAGGGAUUGGAACACAGAGGCUCAGAGGCAGGUCCAGUCCUCGUGGGACCCAAGCUGAGCGCCGACCAGCUGGUCCUGAUCUACAGCACGCUGGGGCUCUGCCUCUGCACCAUACUCUGCUGCUUCCUGGUGGCCGUGGGCUGCUUUCUCAAGAGGAGGGGAGGGGGGCUCUCCAGCCAGCCCACAGCAGGGCGGUGCAGAACCCGGAACAAGUCCUCCCACGGGUCCCCGCCCUCCCCUGACCGUGCGCUGGGGUUUGCACCCAGGGCCUUGCACAUACGUGCUAAGCACGUGCUCUUCCACUGA